AGAAACAAAACGGCAGAACGUCUAUUUCGACAGAGUUGAAAGUAUUCACUUGCAUUUUCUCAGUGAAAAAUCCAAAAUUAUUACCAUUACUAAUUUAGUAUGUGACCACUUACAAAAAGAUAAUAAUAAUUUGUGAUUCUAUUUCAAUAAAAAAACACAUUUGAAGCUGAUUAUUUCGAAGCUUUACUUCUAAGUUUGUUGAGUAUAACAGCUGAAUCAAAAAAUUUAAUUAAAUUUAAAUAGUGAACGGAAAAAAGGUAAAAAAAAUUACUGAAAAUGGCACUAAUGACUAUGAUUGCUCGUGUCAUCGAUGGUUUACCAUUGGUUGGAACCAUGACUGAGGACGAACAGUCAGGGAAGAGUGUGUUGGAGUAUCAAAAUCAAGCUAAAAUGCUAUUCCGAAAGUUGGGCCCUCAAUCGCCGCAGAGAUGUUCAAUUGAAACAGGACCAUACCUAUUCCAUUAUUUGAUUGAAAAUGAUGUAUGCUAUUUGGUGAUGUGCGACAAAAUGCAUUCAAAACGCUCCGCAUUCGCAUAUUUGGAGGAUUUGUCACAAGAGUUCCACAAGAACUAUGGCCGAAAAGUGAAUACAGUGACACGGCCUUAUGCAUUCAUUGAAUUCGAUGUUUACAUACAAAAAACGAAGAAAAAUCUAACCGAUCGACGAAAAAACAUUAACACAAUAAAUAGCCAACUACAAGAUGUACAACGAAUUAUGGUCCAAAAUAUUGAUGACGUACUACAAAGAGGAACUGUCUUAUCCGAGCUCGAUUCAAAAACACAAAAUUUGUCCAUGCUAUCGCAAAAAUACAAGAAAGAUGCGACGUAUUUAAAUCGAAAAUCGAUGUACGUGAAAGCAGCAGCAGCUGGAAUCAUAUUUUUAGUGUUUAUUUUCUAUUUUUGGAUUCUAUAAAAUUGAACGUCCGCACGAAUAAAAACUCUUUGAUUGGCCAAAAAUCAACAAAAUCCUUAAUUAUCAAUAAUAAUCAUAUAAUUUCGAAAAAGGAUAGAUUUUUGGUUGUGGAUUGUUUCUUUUUGUAUA